AUAAUGUGUAUGGGACAGCUUCUUUCAUUUGUGUUCAGCAGCCUUUCUAGCACGGUUAAAAUUGGAAGAAAGGGGAAAACCUGGUCGUAGCAAGUGAUGAAACAGGGCAGGAUUUGAACGCAGGAGGAGGAUUGAUAAGAGAAUCCGCAUAAUAUAUGCCACCACCCUCCAACCUCAACGUUCACGUACGAACAGUUCUUGAGCAAUGCAGCCAUAUCAAUCAUCUCCAGCAGCUUCAAGCACAUCUGAUCGUCCUCGGCCAUGGUCAAACUCAAUUCUACGCGUCCAAGCUCGUACGCUUUUGUACAGUAUCGUUCUCCAACCUUGGCUAUGCUCGCUUCAUUUUCGACCAUCUCCGAUCCCCCAAUGUUCAUCUCUACACUGCCUUGAUCACUGCCUACAAUUUGCAUUUGGAUUACAAAUCUGCUCUUCUAAUGUACAGAGAAAUGGUCCGGAGAGGAAGUUCGAAGCCGAAUGAGUUCAUCUUUCCUUUAAUCUUGAAGUCUUCUCCUGAAGUCGUCAAGCAUUUCGGAACUCAAAUUGUGCAUGCUCAGAUUGAGAAAAACGGUUUUUUGGAAUACCCAGUUGUAAAAACGGCGCUUUUGGAUUCGUACUCUAGGUUUUCGGCUGAUAUAACGAUUGCUAGAGAACUGUUCGAUGAAAUGUCUGUGAGAAACGUGGUAUCAUGGACUGCUAUGAUUUCUUGCUUGACUAGAGUUGGAAAGGUGGGAGAUGCCAUUUUAUUGUUUGAAGAAAUGCCUGAGUCUCUGAGAGAUACUCCUUCUUGGAAUUCUAUUAUCUCAGGGUGCACACAGAAUGGUUUGUUUCCGGAAGCACUUCUGUUUUUCAGGAGGUUGGUUCUUGAGGAGACGGUGAGUAAUCUGAAUAGACCAAACCAGACCUCUGUGGUGUGUGCACUUUCUGCGUGUGGACACAGUGGAAUGCUUCAACUGGGAAAGUGCAUUCAUGGAUAUAUGCUCAGGAUUGGAAUCCCCUCCGAUUCAUUCACUUUGAAUGCUCUAAUUGAUAUGUAUGGAAAAUGUGGGAGUUUGAAAGAAGCAAGAACAGUCUUUGAUAUAAGCCCGAAGAGAAGUUUGACAUGUUGGAAUUCUAUAAUCAAUUCUUUUGCUCUUCAUGGUCACUGGAGAAGUGCUAUUGGUGUAUUUGAAGAGAUGUUGCGGCGUAGAGAUCUAGUAAAGCCCGAUGGGGUGACUUUCAUUGGGUUACUAAAUGCUUGCACACAUGGGGGAUUGGUAGAGGAGGGGCUUAGUUUCUAUGAUUCGAUGACUAGGGAAUACAUGAUUGAGCCUGAGAUUAAUCAUUAUGGUUGCUUAGUUGACCUACUUGGCAGGGCAGGGAGGUUCAAUGACAUCAUGGAAGUUAUCAAGGGUAUGAGGGUUCCUCCCGAUGAGGUGGUCUGGGGUUCUUUGCUUAACGGGUGUAAGAUUCAUGGGCGAACAGAUUUGGCUGAGCUUGCUCUAAAGAAAUUGAUUGAGAUAGAUCCUAGCAAUGGUGGGUAUUAUGCAAUGUUGGCUAAUAUAUGUGGGGGACUUGAGAAGUGGGAUGAUGCUUUGAGGUUAAGGAAGAUAAUAAAUGCGCAGAAUGCUUAUAAGUUACCAGGUUGCAGUUGGAUUGAGAUUGACAACCAAGUUCAUCAGUUCUAUUCUUUUGACAAAUCCCAUUCUAUGACUGCAGAUAUUUAUUUGACUUUGGAGUCUAUACUCAGCUCUUCUAUCCUAUAAGUCUCCCUUCUAGAGUGAUGGUUUAUGGAGACAAUACCUAGCCAGACUGUAUACGUAGUCCUGAUCACCACAUAAAAUCUGAAAUAGGGAUGCACUCCGAAUAUAAAUAGCUAUUAUUCUUGAGUAUAUAAUGCAUUUUAAAAUAGUUAGAAAUCCCUGACUUGGUAGUCCCUCCUGAUAUUCUUCUGAUGAACGGGGUAAAUAAAUCUUCAUUUUCGGAUUUUGUAACACAAAGUUCAUUCCGAACUUCCACAUUCUCACACCAGCUGUUUUUCUGCCUACCGAUGUAUGUAUAGGGCCUGCUCAUUCAGUCAUUUGGACUUGGAAAUUCUGUUUUGUGCUGGUCUCGUCCGGUCUAUUUUG